CCGGGGUGCGAGGGUCGCCGCGCGGAGUGCUGCCAUUGUUUGCGGACGCGGCCGCGAGUCGGGUAUGAGUGUUGACCUCUGAGUGACGUCACGCUAAGUGCUACACAGCGCCGGCCAGUGAGCCACCUGGGAGUGCGCGCGGCGGCCUCCGUCAGUCGGCGGCGGCACCAUGCGCUGGUACGUGACCGCUGUGGCGCUCUGCGCCCUGUUACCGGCCGCGGCGCGCGCCUGUGAGUGCUGCGCCGGGAACGCCACGGCGGCUGAGUGCGGCGCCGACGCGCGGCUGGAGGCGCGCCGGGAUUGUGCCUGCUGCUCUGUGUGUGCCGUGCAGAAGGGCGGCGCGUGCGAUGAUUCGGACCGGCCGUGUCAGGAGGGACUCGAGUGCAGCAGUCAGGGGGUGUGCACAGAUGAGAAGACGUGUCGCAGUGACGGCGAGUGUGCCAGUGACCGGUUCUGUCUGGGCGGGGUGUGUUUCGACCCGUGCACCAUCCUCGACCCAUGCAACAACUCACUGAAGAACGGUGUGUGUCGCACGCGCAACCACCGGCCGGUCUGCAGCUGCCCGCCCGGCUUCAGCUUCCAGGCAGAGUCCAACGCCUGCGUCAAAGUGGGCUGCGAGGAUGAGGGCGGCUCCAUCGUGGACGUCGGUGAGCGGGUAUUCCGCAAGGAUUGCCAGGAGACAUGCGUCUGCAGCCCCGGCGGCAAGUUCAACUGCACACCCACCGCCUGUCCGCCUGGCUAUUACCGGACGGGAACGUUCCGGAAUGAUCCCGAGUGUACCGAGCUGCGAGGCUCGGCUAUCGCCGGCGGCUGCUGCGUCAACGUCGUCUGCUCGGGACUGGAGAGCCCCAGCGCCGACGGUGUCGCCACCGACGCGUCGACCGCGGAGGAGGAGAGCGCUACAACUGAAUCAGCAACCACGACCGAAGCAAGCACAACCACCAUCACCUCCGAACCAAGUACAACAACCACCACUACCACCACGACCACUACCACUGAGCCACCCACCACCACUACCACCGCCCCACCAACCACCACCACAGCCGCUCCUCCCAUCGCUACGCUGGACAUGCUUCCUCUGGACAUCACGCACAACACGACCACCCUGCAGCUGCCGGCGGCUGGAGGUCAGCUCAGCUACCGAGCUGCCGGCCGGGCCAGUCAGGAGGUGCCGCUGGAGGCCAGCCGACGAGUGGUGACCGUUGGCAGGCUACAGCCGGGCACCAGUUACACCUUCAGGUGGCAGGGAGACGCUGGAACCAAGACGCUCACCGUGGACACCAGACCCGGCUGCGUGACCAACACCAGCUCUCACGCCAUCGGCGAGACGUACCACAUGGGCUGCCAGUCGACCUGCGUCUGCGGCGGUCCCAACCAGCCGUCCUGCCGUCCGCGCUGCUCCUUCACCCGCGGCACGGUCACCGACCUCUCCUGCUCCGAGCGACCUGACCUCGAUGACCCCGAGUGCUGCGUUCAGCUGGUGUGUGCCGUCACCAGCACAGGAGGUCGGAUUGUAGACGAUCUAUUGGAGUCCAUCACUUCAAAGGUGACAACUCCGGAGCCUACAACUACAACAACAACUACAACAACAACCACAACGACAACCACUGAGUCGGCCGUCGGUGCCGAGAGCAGCGACCCGGGCGCUCCUGCCGCCCUCACGGCCGCCGACCAGCAGCCCAAACCGACGCUGAUCGUCACUACCAAGUCCUACAACUCGGCCACACUGGCCUGGGACGACUUCAAGCCGCCGGCGUACGCGCGCGGCUACGUGGCGCAGUACCGGCGCACGGGCGGCGGAGAGUGGCGCAGGCAGGAGCUGCCGCCACAGCCGGGUCAGAGUGUGCCGCUGAUGAAGAUUGGUGACUUGGUGCCACGUACAGAGUACGAGGCGAGAGUGGCGAUCUAUGAUAGCCGCGAUCAGGAUACUCUCGGGGAUACCACGGAGACCAUCCGGUUUGUCACAGAUGACGGCUGUGUCUACGGCAACAGCACCUACCCAGUCGGAGGUCAGUUUUACCGCGAGUGUGAGGAGACCUGCUUCUGUGAGCUGCGCGGCAAGGUACGCUGCGUGCCGCGCUGCCAGCGGCCCAUGUUCCGUCAGGGCGCCUUCAAAGACGACCCGCUCUGCUUCGAGAAGAAGAUGGACGAGUGCUGUGUCAUCGUGGCGUGCAGCUCCGAGGCUCAGGAUGUGGACGCCGUGGUGGAAGCUGACGGCUCGGACCCGUGCGACUCGGUGCUCUGCGACGAAAACUACGUAUGCGAGGUGAUGACCAAGGAGGUCAGUGACGUCACGGCCGGUGACGUCACCGCUGUGGCCAUGUGCGUGUGCCCGCCCGGCUUCAGGGAGGAGAAGAAGGCCGGCUUCAAGGCGUGCAGACCUGGGACAAAGUCGACGCCGGCGGCGGUGCCGCAGACGGGUUGUACGUACGGUAACGCCACGUACCGACCCGGGGACGAGUUUUUCGACGGCUGUGAGUUCCGCUGCAUGUGCAACAGCGACGAGGAGGUCGAGUGCAAGGCGCGGUGUGCCAGUGAGCCGGACCCCGAGGCGAGUCUGUCUGCCGGCUGCCGCGUGAUGACCGACCCUGCUGACAGCUGCUGCAAGAAGACUGUCUGUGACACGGACACCACUACUGAAUCUGCGAUAGCUGCCACCACUGUGCCCUCUUCUGCGCUGGCCUGUGAAGCCGACGGCCAACAAUACUCCGUCAACAGCACAUUUGAGCGCGGCUGCGACACCUGCCUUUGUCAGGAGGGUGGCGAGCUCUUCUGCAAGUCCAGGUGCGCGCCUCAGGAGCCACUGGAGGGCGCCUCGUGCACCACCCGGCCGGACCCGUCCGACCCGUGCUGUACCAUCACCGUCUGUACCCCCGCCGAAACCACCACCGAGUCUGCCGAGAUCCUGGCCGGAGUGCAGCCGCGGCUCGGCGCCGGCCGCCGAGAGAAGGCCACUCCUCUGCGGAUCACCGAGCUGCGUCCUCUAACCGCCGACAGCUCGGAGCUGAAACUGCUCAUCUCCGACGCAGUGCUGGACAGUAUCCUCUCCGCCAACACCCAGCCACUGAUUGUGGAGUGGCGGUACGACGACUCGAGCCGCUGGCAGGCCGCCGAGGUGGGGGUCGACGAGUUCUCCGUCGAGUCCCUGGACACGCUGGUCAUGAAGGUGGAGGGCCUGCAGAGGCCGCGGCAGGCGCGCGUCCGCGUCAGCUACGCCGGCGAGACGAGUGCCGUGGUGCGCGGAGGGGACGUAGUGCCGACGGAUGCCACCCUACCGCCGCCCACAGAGGCGGAGACCACCACGGAAGGCCGGUGCGGCUCGUUUGACCCGGGUUUCCGCUGCCGAGACGGCUCCUGUAUUCCCGCCUCGCAGCGCUGUGACUUCCUGUUCGACUGCCGCGAUGAGAGCGACGAAAUCGGCUGUGCACCGCCCGCGCCGCCUGCACUGCCCGCACAGCCUGCGCCUGAGUCCACUUCGGCUUCUGCACCCUCGACGACGGCUUCUCCCUCCACGUCAAGUACUUCAACUCCUACAAACGAGUCUCCAUCUUCAACAACACUUUCUACAACUACAUCAACAUCGCCUCCAACAAGCUCUACCACAGCGCCUUCCACACCGGCGUUGCCGGUCGGGGACUCGUGUGCCGACGGGAACGACACCCGCGCCGCUGGCGAGGUGUUCUUCCGCGGCUGUGAGGAGCGCUGCGUCUGCUUCCCGGGUGGUGAGCUGUUCUGUCUGCCGCGCUGCCCCGAGGUGACGAUACCCGAGGAUCCCGGCUGUAUCUUGGUAGAGGACACGAAAGAUGCGUGCUGCUGGGUGAAGAGCUGCCAGAAGGAGGUGAAGGAGGAGAUCACGCAUCUGGCCGCGCCGAUCAUGUUGAGAGAAGAGCAAAAGAGCAAGGGUGAGAGCGAGGCGGACGUUGGAGAAGCGACGACAAUGGCGACGGCAACGAAGGGGACGACCGAAACGACCGAGAAAGAUCCGAUGAUUGUGAUGGCAGAGAUGAAGAAGGCCAGUUCUGAGGCGAUGGCUGGGGAGGAGGAGAACCUCACGCAGUCUGAGGCUAGCACGACUGAAGCAUCCAGCUCGAGCGUGACCGCUGAGGAUGAACUGAACGAAAUAAACGUGGCUAGUGCACCCGCCGCUGGAGCGGCUAAAACGAAAUCAAGUGAGAAAGUCAGCACGAAGGCUGUGGAGGAUGCGGACUCUGCUACAAACACAAUUGAUUCACCACCUUCAACCACUGAGGCAACUACGGCAGAGCCGACUCAGACCGAGAUAUCACGGGAUGGGGUCACCACCGGCCCUGCUGAGACCUCCACCUUUGCCAGCACGCUGGUGUCCCAGGUGCCAUCCAAACCUCCCACAGCAGCCGGCGCCGCGGGAGAGCGAACCACCACCUCCUCGCCAGAAACCACCACGGCAGCACAGGAGACCCCUUCCACCACCGAUAUCUCCAACGUGAUCGAGAUCAAUCUCACCGGCCUCAGCGGAGGACUGGACGAGGAGGAGGUGAAGGCUCUCAACAACGCUAUUGUGGAGGCAAUGGAGGACGAAAUCGCUACGGAAAAGGCUAAGGAAAUGGACAUACCGGUCCAGUCGACCACGGAGAGGAGUGGAGAGACGGAGCCCCCUGAGGUCAUAGCUACUGAGUCGUAUGAUCUGCUGGCGACAGGUUCCUCCAUGGAGACCACAACUGUGACCAUGGACGGCGCGACCAUUGGUCCGACCGAGCCGACAAUGAUUGAGGAGACCAAGUCCCGAGCGGGAGAGGAAGUGGAGAGCUUGUCUGAAAGCGGGGGUGCCGUGGAAAGCACGACCAUAGAGGCUCCGGUGCCAGAAGGGUCUGAGGAGGCUGUGACAGAGGCGCCGGCUGUUUCGACCGAGUCGUCAGUCAGCAGUGAAGGAUUGGAUGUUGUUAGGGAGGAGUUCAAAGACGAGUUGUUGAGUGAGAGUGACGCCUGGACGUUGAACUCAACUGAGCCACCGGAGGAGAUAGCUCUGGACGGAGCAGCCUCCGGCCCUCCGGGUUCCGAAACCACCACCGAUCAAAUCACUGACCAAACGACGGAAUCACCAGUGCAGCCGGUCAGCAGCACCAUCACCACCCGUGCCGCCGUCACCAGCACCACUCCGCGCACCGUGCCCACCACUCGGCGCAUCACAGGUCUCAUCACAUUCGCCCCCAUCCCUGGCGAGGAGCCCUCGAGCACCGCGCGACCUGCCGAGCCCACCGAGGCGCCGCGGCCCGGCGGCCUGGCUCCCUCCGUCGGUAUCGUGGCCGUGAAGAAGAUCCCCACCCUGAUCCGCGUGAUGACCGUGCAGACCUCGGCCACGGUGGCUGCUGACGUGCAGCCGCUGCCCUCGGAGGCGCCCGCGCGCGACACAUCUCCCUUCGGAGGCGUGGAGGCGCGGCGCGGGCAGGCGAGGAUUUCGGCGGAGGAGGAGGAGCCUGAGAUCCAGCUCACCGGUCUGAGCCCAGCGCUGUUCGCCGCCGGUCUGGGGAUGGAAGAGGAGCGAUCAGCGACGGAGCGAGGAUCAGAUUUUCUCGGUGAGACGGUGCCGGUGGCUGCCGCCGCGGCGCUGGAGUCCACACCGGCUCCAGAGGUGACCACGCUGCGCCCCGAGGGCUGUCUCCACGACGGAAAGCUGUACAAGGUCGGCGACGAGUUUCACGACGGCUGCCGCCAGUUCUGUAUCUGUGGCCAGGCUGGUAAGAUGUGCGCACCGAUCCGCUGCCCGGUAAGGUUCGGCCUGGAUCUGCUCAACCCCGACUGUCUGGAGUGGGAGGUGCCGCGCGACCCGAGCCGCCAGCCGCCCGACUGCUGCGGAGAGGCCGUCUGUAAGGACGACGGUCACUGCAUCUACCAGGGACAGAAGUUCCGCAACCAGUACGAGAUCCCGCAGAACCUGACGGGCUGCCACCAGCGCUGCUACUGCGAGUUCGGAGAGGUCAACUGCCAGCCGGACUGCCCGGCGGUGCCCGACGCGCCGCCCGCCGGUCUGCCCUGUCCUCCCGAGCAGACGGAGCUGGUCACCGGACCGAACGGCUGCUGCCAGUUCUGGCAGUGUGCAAAGAUAGAGGGCAUCCUCUCUGACGUCACCACCGCCGCCACCGCCGGCGAGAUCACGCCCAACACGGGCGUACUCGGCUCGACUCCUGAGCAGGACGCCGUCCAAGUGACCACUACGGAGCGUCCGGAGGUCGAGGAACCGCCUCUGAUAGCCGCUGUCACCGUGCGGCCUCUGGGGUCGCAGCCCAAACCUGUGGACGAUGAAGCAGCGAAACAAUCAGGCGGGAGCACCGCUGCGACCCCGCCGCCGGACGCCACUGAGCCGGAGACGGACGUACCGCAGACUGAGGCGCCGACCACGGAGCGGCCGAGGCCAGCGCGUCCCUCCGGACCGAUACACUUCCCCGACCAGCCGUUCCGACCCCGGCCGCCGAUCACCAGCCGUCCAACGCGACCGGCGCGACCGAUCCAUUUCCCCACCAGCCCGGAGCGGACCACGCAGCAGCCGCCCUUCGGCGCCGACCUCGACGACGAAACGCUCAUUAAGGAGCUCCUGGCCUCGGUAUCCUCCUCUCCGAACUUCCCCGUCAGUCGACGUAAAGAACCUCCGGUAACCACUACAACCACGGCGGAACCGGAACCCACACUGCCCACUGUUCUGAUGCUGGAGAACGUGGUGGUGGAUGCUGCCGACCCCAGCUCCAUCCACAUCAACUUUACCCUGCCACCUCAGUUUGUCGGACUGGCCGGAAAAGCCGAGGUGCUCUACACGGACAACACUGGACUGUUUGACAGCGAGGGUAACCUGUCCAGCUGGGACCGGCGCAUGUUCGUCACUCCCACCGGCCGUCUGACCGCCUCCGAGUACAGCUGGACCCUGGGAGACCUGGCGCCCGACACAGAGUACCUGCUCCAGGCCAGGGUGACCUUUGACGAGGGCACUACCGACCUGCAGGGAGGCCUCCACGAGGUCCGCACGCUGCCACUGCCUUCACCGGGCACCACGCUGCCGCCCAAGGUGGCGCUGGACGCCGCUCUGGUGGCCACGGACAUAAACACCACCUGGGCCAAGAUCGGCUGGAGGCGACUCAACGAGACAGAGCUCAAGUACAUUGACGGCAUCCAGCUGCGCUACAGGGAUGUCGACGUCGACGCACAGGUGUGGACGAUGACGCCGUUCAUCCACCGGGAGCUGACGCAGUACGAGCUGACCGAGCUGAAGCCCGGCACCGGCUACGAGGUCGACAUCGUGCUGAUGCCCUUCCAGGACAAGAACACCGAGCUGGUGUCGGAGCGGCCGCUGCGCAUCCGCACUCUGCCCGUCGUCGACCCGUACGACUUCAACCUGACUCUGACACUGGCCGAGGUGAAGCCGAGCUCCGUGCGAGUCGAGUGGUCCGGCAUCCCGGACCCGCAGUACAAGUACGUCAACGUCUACCGCAUCGUCUACAUCUACGAGAAGGAGCGCGAGGAGAAGCACACCUUCAAGCUGGCCAAGACCUCCGACCAGCCGUCGCUGCUGCUCAAGGGACUCAAACCCAGCAGCAAGUACCAAGUGUGGCUGGAGGCAUACCUAAAGAACGGCAAGAAGCGGGUCUCGGAGGUACAGGAGUUUGUCACAAAGCCGGGCGAGAUCGGAAAGGCCGAGGAGAUCAAGGGAGAUGAAAACGAGCGGGACCAGACGCAGCUGGCCGGUGCAGCCAGCUACUACAGCGGGAUGGUGGUGGCAGCCAUUAUCGCCGCGCUGGCCAUCCUGCUGGCCAUUAUCUGCGCCGUGUGCCUCGUCAGAAAGUCCAGCCACGCCAAGGCGCCCAUCACGCCCGCGAGGAAGAACGGGCCCAGCUACGAGAACCCGGCGUUUAAGCCUGGGUCGCAGCCGUCCAACUCUUUCGAGGCGAUUCGCCGAGAGACUAGCGACCUGUAGCGACGUACCUGACAUCUACCGGUCAUCGCAGUAGAGCGCCGAUCUGGACCUGAACGGCUCGAACGGGAACGAUCGUUUCGCGUAGUGGCCGAGCGCGUGCACGUGCGCCCCGGACCAGUCGUGAGAGCACGGCACGGCGCUCGUGCGCGGAGCACGCGUGCCGCGCGCCAUGAGACACGGGCGCAGUGCGUGUGAGAGAGUGGGAUGUGCGUGUGCGUGCGCCGGGGAGAGAGCGGCCGGUGCGGGACGAACGGGCGCCUCGUGACCGCCAGCCGCCUCGGACCAGCUCCGGAAUGGGACGCUCUGUUUGAGUGAGCGUGUGAGUGAGUGUGCGUGUGGUGCGCGCGUGUCGGGGUGUUCAGUGCCAAACGGAGCCGAUUCUCGAGGGACCGAAGAGCCGGACGGACCGGGUGAUAUCUCGCGGCGGCUCGGACAGCGUCAGUAGCGCCGGCGGUGACGUCACGUCAGCUGACGUUGAGACGUCAGUGGUCGGAGGGGCCGGCCGGGAUUCCCGUACCUCAGUAGUGCGCGCGGGCCGCGUGGGGCCGACGGUGCGUCUCUGCACGCUAGUGUCCGUGCGCAGCGCAAACCGUUCCCUGUUGUAGCCAUUGGCGGGCGUGGCCGGCCGAUGGGAUGCUAUUUUUGUAUCUAAGAUGCAUUAACACGCCGUGCCGGCCGGCUCACUGCCGACGCCUGUCUCCGCGGAGCCCUCGUAUCGGACCAGUCAUUUCCACGCGCCUAGGUUAUUGUGUAGCGGGCAUAUUUCCUGAACGGGAGAACGGGGUGUAUCGUUGUAGAUCAUCAGAUGUGACCAAUCGUGUCAGUUAGGGGCGAUUGCCGCUUUUUAGCCUAUUUGUAGGCGGAGCACAUGUCUUGUGUAUUUUGUUAUACAGUACUAGUUUGAGAUGUGAUGAUAUUCGGUGUGUGCGUACUUUAACACCUGCAUUAUCAUUUUACACUUUUUGUGAGUUGCUGAUUGCUCUUAGCUCCACGAUCCUGUUAAUGAGCAUCACAAUGUGCGAUAAAUGUCUUCUUGCUUUUUAACUUCAUAUGAUUGUGCAUACAUAACUGCUUUUUGUAUGUUCUUUUUUGAAUCGUUUAACCUGAUCUUGUUCUGUGAAGCCGUCCAAAAUAAAACUGUUAAGAACCAUA